UUUAGUUAGGGUUUUACUUUUGUUUGCCGGUACUGCAAGGAGGAAGAGCAGAGGAGAGGAUCGGAGAAGGAUGGGGAAGACGACGUACAAGAGGCUGCCGGGGAGCCAGAGCCUGAGGCAGAGGCUGCUGUUGGCCUCGCUCUCUUCGACCGCCAUCAUCGUCGAGGACAUCCGCUCCGACUCCACGUGGCCCGGCCUCCUCCCCCACGAGGUCUCCCUCCUCCGCCUCUUUGAGAAGGUCUGCGAUGACUGCGUCGUCGAAAUUAACGAAACCGGGACAAAGCUGAAGUAUAAGCCUGGUAUUAUAGUCGGAGGCAGGAAUCUUGUUCAUGAUUGUGGUCUUAGCCGAUCCAUUGGAUAUUUCUUGGAGCCAUUGAUUGUACUUGCCUUAUUCGCCAAGAAGCCUCUGUCAAUAAGGCUCAAAGGCAUAACAAAUGAUCCUAAGGAUCCAUCUGUUGACACGUUCCGCUCAGCUACCUUACCCAUGUUAAAGCGUUUCGGAAUUCCUACGGAAGGUCUGGACUUGAAGAUAGAAAACCGUGGAGUGGCUCCUUUUGGAGGUGGCGAAAUCCUCUUGUCUAUUCCCAUUGUUCAGUGUUUAACAGCAGUUACGUGGAUGGAUGAGGGAAUGGUUAAGAGGAUUAGGGGGGUCACCUUUUCUACCCGUGUAUCUGUACAGUUGGAGAAUACAAUGAUACAUUCAGCUCGUGGAAUAUUUAACCGUUUGCUCCCAGAUGUACACAUAUUCACUGAUCAUAGGGUUGGUCCACAGGCUGGAAAAUCGCCAGGUUAUGGAAUCUCAUUGGUUGCAGAAACUACUUCUGGUUGCUUCAUAUCUACUGACACGACAGUUUCAUAUCGUCGAGGUGAAGAAGGUGGUGAAAUGGAAGAAGAGAAGACAGAACUGGUGCCUGCGGAGGACGUUGGUCAGCAAAGUGCAUCUGCUCUACUUGGGGAAAUCGAGCAAGGAGGAGUUGUAGAUUCAGCGCAUCAGGGUCUCUUGUUCCUUCUGUGUGCAUUAUGUCCGCAAGAUGUCUCAAAGGUCCGUGUAGGGAAGCUCUCACCAUACGGAAUAGAAACCCUCAGAAACAUCAGGGAUUUUCUGGGAGUGAAAUUUAUUAUCAAGCCAGACCCUUCAACGGAGACGGUUAUUCUUAAAUGCGUGGGAUGUGGUCUGAAGAACCUGUUUAGAAAAAUUUCCUGAUCGCAGCAGAGAGGUUGGGGGACAUUUUUGCUACACUGGUGCAGCGUGAAGAUCCCGAACAGUUUGCCAAGCUUCAAGUGUUCUCGCAGAUUGGAGAGAGAAAAGACUGCUGCCGUACAUUUAUGUGCGUUCAUGUUUUCCCCCGGUGGAGUUCAUAAAUAGUAUAAGCUGUAACUAUACGCUGAGUGGGGACCAGUAGAUGCGAUUCAUAGUUCUCUUUGCUCUACAAUGUAUAAUUUGGACAAUUUUGAUUAAUGUCCGAGAUUUAAAGAGAUCAUAUCGAAAUUUUGUGAUGACUAA